AUGGAAAUUGAAGAAAAGUAUAACUUAUUGAUAAUUGGAGGAGGACCUGCUUCUGUUAAAUUUUUAUAUAAUUUGUUUAGGACAUCUAGGUAUUAGUUUUUAAUUCUAUAAUAAAGAUUGCCUGAAUAUUUGAAUGGAUUAGGAAUAGGGAUUGUAGAGAAAGGGAAAUGUUUUGGCUCUGGAAAUUUAGAGAAUAAAAUGAAUUAUACAACAUAUCCAGCAACUGAAUUGUUGAAAUUAAUGUACUUUCAUAAAACAAACUAAAUGAUAUCAAUCUGUAAAGAUCUAACAGAUACUCAGGCUUAUAAGACUCUUAUAUAAUAUGGAGAGAAAUGUCCACCAAAAUCAUUAGCAGGAUACUUCUUAAGAUUGUUAGGUAGUGUGUUGUUGAAACAUAUAUACACACUUAAAAAAUUACAAAUAUUUCAUCCCCAAAGAGAAGCAAUAGCAAUCAGACUGUUAGCUGAUGGAUGGUUUUAGAUAAGAACACAAAGCUUAUCGUAAAAUUAUUAAUAUAAUUUAUAUAUAGAGCUGAUACUCAAAUAAAAGAUAAGUACAGAACAAUAAAAGCAAGAGUACAAUAAAUAAAUGAUUUUUUAAGCAUAUAUUACUUUGUACAGGAAGAGAGUAAACCCCAGCAGACAUAUUUUGUUAAGAAUAAGGAUUGAUCGAAACUCUAAAAUAAAAUCCAAGACAUAUUGUAGGAAGUGGACAAAAAGCAUUCGAGUGUGCAGAACUAUUACUUAGUGGUCCUGUUAUGUAUAUUAAUAAUGAACAAAUAAAUGCUUAUACUUAAAAAGUAUAUACUUGUCCAUUAUGUAAAUCAUUGAAGUGUUCAUGUUUUGGAUCACUUGUACCAUAAAAAUAUAUUUGGCAUUAUACAGUAAGACAUGAUAAUAUAAGGAUGUUGCAUUACCUGAAUACAAAAAGGGAGAGCUUAAAAUUUAUUUUACGAAACCUCCUAGACCAUAUUUUAAUAAUCAUUAGAAUGAUUAUAUUACAAUUCCAGAAUAGUAAAUAAAUAAGAAAGGGGAAGCAAAUUAUCUUACAGGAUUGAGGGGUAAAUCAAAAAUCUUAUUUUUGAAAAUGCUUGCCACUUAAGAAGUUAGAGUUUCACUUUCUUAAGAUGAACCAAAUUCAAAUUAAUUUAUUGAUGGAAAAGAAUGCAAAUGCAAUUAAAUAGAAAUUAAGGAUACAGAUGGGAAUUUAGUUUAAUUUUAAUAUAGUUUUGGAUUAUAUUAAUUAGAUGAGAAAGGGAGAAUGAAAACACAAAAAGGAAGUUUAAGAAAUUUGUUUUGUUAUGGUUCUAAUUGUAUAACAUAAGAACAAUUAGAAAGGGGAUGUUAAGAUGAAUAUGGAGAUUGUAGUAUAGGAUUUGAUGAAUACGAUUUAUUCUUUAUAAACAUAAAGAAUGAAAUCAAUAAUUAAUGGUUUGAUAAUAAUGAAUUUCCAUUGACUGCACAAUCUCAUGUAUCUAAAGGUGGUGAUUUUGAUUCAGAUCCAAGUGUUCAUUCUGAAGUAGUAGAGACAGAAACAUUUGCAUUAAAUUAAUUAUAGGAAUAAUUCAAAUAAAAGAAAAAAAAGAAAUGA